GCACAACUGAACCAUGGAGCUUCGAGUGGGGAACAAAUACCGACUGGGCAGAAAGAUUGGCAGUGGUUCGUUUGGAGACAUUUACCUAGGAGCCAAUAUUGCGACUGGUGAAGAGGUGGCCAUCAAACUGGAAUGUGUCAAAACCAAGCAUCCCCAGCUCCACAUUGAAAGCAAGUUCUACAAGAUGAUGCAGGGAGGAGUGGGUAUCCCCUCCAUUAAGUGGUGUGGAGCAGAGGGGGACUAUAAUGUGAUGGUGAUGGAGCUCUUGGGGCCCAGCUUGGAAGAUCUCUUCAACUUCUGUUCCCGCAAAUUUAGUCUCAAGACAGUUCUGCUCCUGGCAGACCAGAUGAUCAGCCGUAUUGAGUACAUUCAUUCCAAGAACUUCAUCCACCGGGAUGUGAAGCCAGAUAACUUCCUUAUGGGCCUUGGCAAAAAAGGCAACCUAGUAUACAUCAUUGAUUUUGGUUUGGCCAAGAAGUACCGAGAUGCCCGGACCCACCAGCACAUCCCUUACCGGGAAAACAAGAAUCUGACUGGCACAGCCCGUUAUGCCUCCAUCAACACCCACCUGGGAAUCGAACAAAGUCGCCGUGAUGACCUGGAGAGCCUGGGCUACGUGCUCAUGUAUUUCAACCUGGGCUCGCUGCCCUGGCAGGGCCUCAAGGCUGCCACCAAGCGCCAAAAGUACGAGAGGAUCAGCGAGAAAAAGAUGUCAACGCCCAUUGAGGUGCUCUGCAAAGGGUACCCUUCUGAGUUCUCGACAUACCUCAACUUCUGCCGCUCACUGAGGUUUGAUGACAAACCUGACUACUCGUACCUGCGGCAGCUCUUCCGCAACCUCUUCCACCGCCAAGGCUUCUCCUAUGACUACGUCUUUGACUGGAACAUGCUUAAAUUUGGAGCAGCCCGGAACCCUGAGGAUAUGGAUCGGGAGCGGCGAGAGCACGAGCGAGAAGAGAGGAUGGGGCAACUCCGGGGGUCCGCCACGCGAGAGCUGCCCCCCGGCCCGCCUGCUGGAGCCACUGCCAACCGUCUUCGCAACGUCACCGAGCCCAUGGCCUCCACCCCCACCUCCCGAAUCCAGCAGUCCGGAAACACAUCCCCCAGAGCAAUCUCAAGAGUGGACAGGGAGCGGAAGGUCAGCAUGAGGUUACACCGAGGAGCUCCUGCCAACGUCUCCUCGUCUGACCUCACAGGGCGGCAAGAAGUGUCACGGAUUUCAGCAUCACAGACAAGUGUGCCAUUUGAUCACCUUGGGAAGUGAGGAGCAAUUGCCACUGGACCAGUGUUUGCUUAGUGUCUUCACUGUAUUUUUCUUUUAAAAAACAAAAAACCCAAAAACAAACAAAAAACUAAAAAAA